GAAUUUUAAAGUGUGAAAUGUGAAUUAUAUCCUUAUUAUUUCCAAAGUUCCACUCCUUGCACACUCUUGCAUCUUGCGUGUCGUUGUUUUUUAUUUUCCCACCAAUUUAGUUUGUUUUCUUUAAUUUUUUCCGUGAAAUAUAACAAAUGUUAGAAUCCAUUCUUCCUUUAAAGGGAUCUUCCCGUUCGACCGGUGAACCUCUUUUUCCUGCUGAGUUCUUCACUAACUAUGAUUCCUCUAUCACUGGACUUGUGAAGUGGAAAUUGGAUGAUUGCGUCUUCGGAUUUAAGAACAAUUUCAUCAUAGACAAGGUCACAGGCCAGCAUUCAGUAGAUGUUUCCACUUUAAGGGCUGAUCAAGCUUUGCAGAGGACGCUUAAAGAGAAGAAAAAGGAGGGUGAGCGUAAAAAGCUAAGGCGUCCUACUUAUCCUCCGAGACUUGCUCAAAUGUUUGGUGAUGGAACGAAUGAGGAAGUUUUCGAGGAACAUACCCACAAGGAAGAAAAGAUUAGGCCUUCCAGGGAAUUGAGGGCAGAGCGUGUCAGUGUGUUCCAGGGUAACCUUUACCAGAAGGUUAAGGUGAAGUCGCCUGACAAGUCUGGGAAGUUCAUAGUUAACUGCAGUGACGAUGGACUAAAACUGGAGCUUUCCAUGCCUCCGAAAAGUGGUGAAGAUUCCGGAAAAGUUGUCAAGGAGCUUCCUGUUUCUCAAGUUACUCAGGUCAAGACCACUUCCCACAACAUAAACCAACUUGAACUUACUGUAUCUAACGUAGUGUACACCUUCACCUUCAAGUCUCGUGAGGAUCGUGAACGGUGGCAGAACAACUUUGAUGAAUUUAGAAAGUUUAGUAGACUAAUACAAUGAAGAUUUAACUCAAUAAAAUUAUAAAUUUCAACCUAGUCCAAUAAUAGAAUUCAACUGAAUCUUGAUUUAACUCCAACUUAUUAAUGAAGAUAUUUUAUGACUUAAAUACGAUUUAACUUCCACUUAAUGUAGUAUUUUUAUCUCAA